AUGAGUCUUAAUGAUGCACGUCCACGUGAGGUUGUAAACGGUGGGACUUCGGUUAAUGGGAAGGAGAAACCGAGGGAAAUUGUUCUAGGUAGGAAUGUGCACACUAGUUGGCACGAGAUAACAGAGCCUGAUGAUGAUGAUGAAGUUACCGGAGAAAGAGAAGCUUAUAUGGCCAGUGUGUUGGCCAGAUAUCGAAAGUCCUUGCUUGAAAGGACAAAACAUCAUUUGGCAAGAAUGUAUCGAAUGAUUUGUGAAAAGGUCAACACGCUCCUUUCUGGGGAGAUUGAUUGUGAAGAUUUUAAAGCAAAACUUGGUCUUCAUAAGGACAAACCUGCAAUCAUCAACGUGAAUAUAGGAACAACAGUGAAAGGAGAUGUGGAUGAUCUUGAUCUGGUCAUAAAGACCCUUGAAGAAACAGGAUUUACACAUGACCGAUUUUAUAUCCACUGUGAUGGGGCUUUGUUUGGUCUAAUGAUGCCUUUUGUUAAACUUGUAACUAAUCCGUGA